AUGGCGAAGACGGCCUACGUGGAAAGGGAGUUGGUGUAUACGAUUGAAGACAGCCAAUGCACUUUUCUACUAAUCGACCUAGAAACCGCGCCACAGGCUGCAAAGUGGAAGAUACCACCAAGCAUUAAGGGGUUGUUCGCAGUAGGGGGUGCGCCCGGCUUCAUCGACGUUCUCCUUUUCCAAGAACUUCCUGAUGCGUCCUUCAAACCGCACGUGCCUACAGAAGCCGAAAAAGAAGUUGUGGUCGUUCUGUACACGUCGGGAUCAACGGGUCUUCCAAAGGGUGUGGAAAUAUCGCACAAAGCGUAUUGUGCCUCGUUCUAUGCAUACAGGUCUACUGGAAUUUGCACCGAAGACGAUGUUUACUUGGCCUGGAAUCCCUUCACCCAUGUGUCGGGUUUUGCGGUAGCCAUGUUUUCUAUGCUUAUAGGAGCAAAGACUGUCAUCGCCGAUCCCGCAAUUUCGUACGAAGAUUUUCUGAAAACUCUCAAAACCUUUAAGGUUACAGACCUAAUCAGCGGAGAGUCUCUUGGCCCAUAUCAAAAUGGUGAAAUCGAAAUUCACACACCAUGCAUCAUGAAAGGCUACUAUGGGUGUCCUGAAGCUACCGCUGAAGCUGUGAAUUCGGACGGCUGGUACCGUACAGGAGAUUUUGGCUACUACGACACUCAAGGACGGAUCCAUGUCAUCGAUAGAAUGAAAGAAAUGAUCAAAUGCAUGGAUAAUGUGGUCGCCCCUGCUGAGCUCGAAGAAAUCUUAUUGACCCAUGAGGCUGUCGCCGAAGUCACAGUUGUGGGUGUUCCAAAUCCAAAGUAUGGCGAGGCUCCAACAGCUUGUGUCGUUCUUAAAGAUUGCUUCAAGGGAAACCUCAAGAGCCUGGCGUCGGAAUUGAAGGAGCUCAUUGCAGGUAUAUGUCAUCUUGACAAUAUUCAUAUUUCAUCCAUUGGUAUGUUGUGA